UGAAAGCUGAAGCUUAUUGGUUAAUGUCGUCUACUUCAGUUCUAUUUACACUAGAACGCUAACUUCCACUCUUCUCUCUCUUGGUUUUCUCUAUAAUUCUUUUGCUUCUUAUUGUACCGACAUGAGUCCUUGCAAAUGGGGUUUCUCUCCCUCUCCUUCUCCUUCUCCUUCUCCUUCUUCCUCUUAGUCUUCCAACUCACUUAGCUUCGGUCUUCUUGUUUCUUCAACUGUUUCCGGGUAUUGUCAGAGUCCUCUUUGGAAGUUAUUUAAAAGGAGGCGGUGAAAAAUUGUUGCUUGGAACACUUUGAGGGGGGAAAUGGCGAUGCAAACUGUGUAUUUGAAAGAGCAUGAAGGGAAUGUUCAUAACUCGAUUGGGCAACUUUCAUCUGUGCCAGCAGCACCUUGGUGGAGUCAGUUGGGAUCUCAGCCGGUUUAUGGGGCAACCUGUGGCCAAUUGAAGUCCUUUUCCAUGGAAAUCUCCACUGAAGAGGCAGGUCAAAGGCUUGAUAAGGGGAACCCAACACAUUUCACUUUUUUCCCUGGUGAUUGCAAAAGUUCCCCUGAUGGACACAAGCAUCCUGGUGCCAUUUCUCUACAAUCACCUCAGCCAGAAAAUCGUGCUUGUUUUGAGAUAGGUUUUGGGCAGCACAUGAUCUGUGCGAAAUACCCGUAUGUAGAUCAAUAUUAUGGAGUACUCUCCACUUACGGACCUCAAAUUUCAGGCCGGAUCAUGCUGCCACUGAACCUGUCAAGUGAUGACGGACCAAUAUAUGUUAAUGCUAAGCAGUAUCAUGGGAUCAUUAGGCGCCGGAAGUCACGUGCUAAGGCUGUACUUGAGAAUAAAAUGGCUUCCAGACGCAAGCCGUAUAUGCACCAUUCACGCCAUCUCCAUGCCAUUCGUCGACCAAGGGGGUGUGGAGGCCGUUUCUUGAACACAAAAGAUCUGAGAAAACAGAAUGGCAGAACUGAGGAGAAGAAAGGUGGUGAGGAACAACUUUUGCUGCCCUCUGGUUCUCAAGGUUCUGAAGUCCUGCAAUCUGAGGGUGGAAAUUUGAAUUCUUCAAAAGAAACACACUGCAACACAUCAACUCUUUCAGGCUCAGAGGUGACCAGCAUGUACUCUAGGGGGGAUUUUGAUUGCUUUCCAUUUAGUCAUCUCAGACCAUCUGUCCAGUCCUUCUCUGGAAAUAUGAACAGUGGCCACGGCAUUGCUAUGCCCAACCAUUGGGUUGCUGCAGCAGAUGGCUGCAACAACCUUAAAGCUUGACAGCAAGGAACUGCCGGGGGAUUGGGCUGCAUGCACCAAGCCCCCUCCCUGCUGUGACCAAAUGGAGCAGUUCAUUGGAUUGCCCAGCUCACCAUUUGGUUUAGGCAAAUCAUUCUUGGCUCAUUAAGCAUUAUGGUCAUCUUUUCCACACCAUGCAGCGCUGUAGUCAUGGAGUGCUAGAGAUGCUUACACCCUGAUGCACUUCAAAAAACUUAUAAACUAAAAAAUAAACCAUAAAAUGGGUUUAUUCCCAUUUAUCCAAUAGAUGUGCUCGAUUUGGGUUUGAGAAUUUAAAAAAAAAAAAAAAAAAAAGACUAUGUUUAAGUGUGCACUUCUUGAAAGUUAAUUGUCUGAGUUUCAGGAUUUUAGAGUCUAUGGUAUCAUAGAAGUUGUGUUCCUGCAUGUCGACUGUACUCAAUGUAAGAAAAGGCUUUGCUUGAUUAUUAUAUUAUGGAGUGCUUUAUACG